CACGGAAGUUGAGCUGGAACGGAACCUCUGACGUGUCAAAGCGUCGCCAUUUUCCUGAGGAAGGAAACGCCUUGAAGAAGGAAGGAAACAUCAACUGUGUUUUUUUUUCUUUUGCCAAAGUAGGUUCCCUUCACCAGUCGCCAUGGGGAAUAUGUUUGCAAACCUCUUUUCUUCUAUGUUCGGAAAGAAGGACAUGAGGAUCCUCAUGGUGGGUCUAGACGCAGCAGGAAAGACAACCAUUUUGUACAAGCUUAAACUUGGCGAGAUCGUGACUACCAUUCCCACAAUAGGUUUCAAUGUAGAGACGGUAGAAUACAAGAACAUCAGUUUCACAGUAUGGGAUGUCGGCGGUCAAGACAAAAUUCGACCGCUGUGGCGUCAUUACUUCCAGAACACGCAGGGUCUCAUCUUUGUCGUGGACAGCAACGAUAGAGAGCGAUGCGGGGAGGCUCAGGACGAGCUCGCCAGAAUGCUGGGAGAGGACGAGUUGCGUGAUGCCGUGCUAUUAGUGUUUGCCAACAAACAAGAUCUUCCAAACGCUAUGAAUGCAGCAGAACUCACAGACAAGCUGGGUCUCCACAGCCUACGUAACAGAAACUGGUACAUCCAAGCGACCUGCGCCACCUCUGGCGAUGGCCUCUACGAAGGACUGGAUUGGUUGUCUGGUCAGCUCAAGAACCAUUAAUAAUCACCUGCUGUCCACAACUAAUCUUCUCCACCCAAUCUCUCACCUUACUAUCUACUCUUAAGGUGUUGCAAAACUGAGUUACCUUCUUUAAAAAAAAGUACUGGAAGCGGCCCUCACCUCAACUGUUAUCGUCACAAACAAAAAAGCCAGUGGUGGAGGUGAUCUAUUCUUGUAAAGCUGUCAGGUUUUAUUAUUUUGUUUUAUGUAACUGUAAAUAUGUUUGGUAAUGGGGCAGAUUAUUGCACUCUUACAAAUCCUACCGUGGUUAUUUCUCUUUCUGGCUGUUGGGCAGCCGUGUGUGCAUUGAAUAAGAAAAGGGAGGUGAGAAAAAUAAUUUACCAGCACGUCGGCCCGGGACCUCAAUGCAAUCUGAUGGCUUGUUCUGGUGGUCACAUGUACUGCAGGGAGUGAUCCAUGAGGGGCUUUUAAUUUUCACAAAAACUGAAUUAAACACUGAUUCACUACUUGCAUUUACUGUGGUUACUUAAACCAGUAAUUACAUGUACCAGCCCCAAAAUUAUCAUUUAGUAAACACUGGCAUUUACUAUUUGUACUCUGUACUGACAUCGCUUUGUCCCAGUUGAGAACUCCUGUCUGUGAACACUUACCAGCCUUUGUUAUACAGUAUGUUGGCUUGAAUUGAGGAAUGCUACAACAGUAUCACAUCUACCUGCUCCAUGGUUGUUUGAAAGGCAGUCAGUUGAGGCAGCAUUGGGUUUUUGUAUUUCUGAGUCUCAGGUUUAUCAUGUGCUGCCUUUGCAAUAUACUUGUUAGCAAAUCUGCAUGAUGUGGUCGCUCGGAACAUGCAUAUUUACUGGGUGUUUACAUCUUAAGGCUGCACGGGAACUAUUACUGAGUACUUAUUUCAUCAGCCCUAUGCUGUAACUCGUGUGACUGUGUGUUAGGUAAUUGUAACAUAAGGAGUUGCACACUACAAUGGCCCUACUGUCUUCACUAAAGGCUCUAGUAAGUCAUGUCUUUUUUUAUUCAGACUACGGUAAUCAAAUCUAUGAAAUUGCGUUUUGAUGGCAAUACAAAAUCAGUGUCAGCUUCAUGUUUUACGAAGUGCCAGUAUUUCUUUUCUCUGCAGCACGCUGUGCUUGGAACAAACAUGAAGCCAUACAUAUGCCUUCUUAUCCAAGAUACAUGUUGCCUUUUUAUUUUCAAGUUUAUUUUCUAAAAAGGUGUGGGUUACUUUGCUGAUCUGGUCAUGUCUUGAGGGUUCAUCAAACUUUCUUUUGAUUUAUAACUGCCUAAAUAUUUGGAAACUAUCUUAAUCUCUUAAGUUUGUCUGUUUUUUUUAUGUAAAGCUUUUGUUUUGUGAGGAAAAAGCACUGUAAUUAAAGUGACUGAUUAAAAAGUGUUUCUGCAUCUGAUUUUCAUUCUCACACUAUGCAAUAAAACUAGCUUUUCUCCAUA